GUAGCUAUUCUUGUUUCUGCUAAAUUUUCUGGUAAGAUCAUUCGCUAUGUCCACGACACUGAUGGUAGAAUUCUAAGCCUUCUUGUCGAUCUGAACUCUUUUAAAUUUAAUAUUAUUUGUGUUUACGCUCCAAACACCAUGUCCGAUCGUAAGUUAUUUUUCAACCGUCUACAUACCUUUUUCUGUCACCCAGCGAUUAAAUUUUACGUGGCGAUUUUAAUUGUAUUGAUUCUGACCUUGAUCGCUUGCAUAUUAAAUCCGACUUUAGCGCAGACAAGCGUUGCUUGUCAGCCCUUAAGUCCGAUUUCUGCCUUGUUGAUGUCUUUCGUAAACAGAAUCCGAAAGCGAUUUCUUUCACCUGGUCUAAUAAAGAUUUUUCCCAGGCUUCUCGCCUCGAUCGCUUCUACAUUUCUUCCUCUCUUUUGCAGUCAGUUCGCGGAAAUAAGUGUUUUCCUUGUUCUCUUUCUGAUCACGAUU